GUGCGUGGUCUCAGUCGAAGAAGGCGGAGGCAGGGACGAGGCCGGCGCAAUAUGGGGUUCCAGGCGCGUGGUCUCAGCCCGAAGAAGGCGGAGGCGGGGACGAGGCGGGGACGAGGCCGGAGCGCUUAUCCUCGACCAACGUGGAGUCCCAGGUACGCGAUCUCGGCCCGAAGAAGGUGAAGGUGGGGUGCUUGAAGCCAGAAGAAGGCGAGCUUCAAGAGGAGGCGACAACAGGCUCGAAGGACUUACUCUCAGAAUACGUUCUCGGCGCGUGGUCUCAACCUGAAGAAGACGGAGGCGGCGACAAGGCCGGAUCGCCUAUCCUCAACUGUCAUGGGUUCCCAGGUUCGUGGUCUGGAGAGAACAGAAGCCGAGACCAGGCCGGAGUGCCUAUCCUCAAGCAAUAUGGGGUCCCAGGUGCGCGGUCUCAACUUGAAGAGGAUGGAGGCGGGAACCAGGCCGGAGCACUUGUCCUCAACCAAUAUCGGGUCCGAGGUGCGUGGUCUCAACUCGAACAGGACGGAGGCGAGGAGAGGCCGGAGUACCUAUGCAAGGACAAGGCUGGGAGGGCCCAUCCUCAACCAACAUGGGGUUCCGAGGUGCGGAAGUUCAAGCUGAAGAAGACACAGGUGUGGAAGUUCAAGCUGAAGAAGACAGAGGCGUGGAAGCUCAAGCUGAAGAAGGGCAAGGACAAGGCGUGGAAGCUCAAGCUGAAGGAGACGGAGGCGUGGAAGCUCAAGCUGAAGAAGGGCAAGAACAAGGCGUGGAAGCUCAAGCUGAAGGAGACGGAGGCAAGGACAAGGCAAGGACAAGGCCGGGAGGACUUAUCCUCAACCAAUAUGGGUUUCCGAGGCGUGGAAGCUCAAGCUGAAGAAGGGCAAGAACAAGGCAUGAAGGCUCAAGCUGAAGAAGACAGAGGCAAGGACAAGGCGUGGACGCUCAAGCGGAAGAAGACAGAGGCAAGGAGGAGGCCGGGAGGGCCUGAAGAAGACAGAGGCGGCGACAAGGUGCGCGGUCUCAACUUGAAGAGGAUGGAGGCGGGAACCAGGCCGGAGCACUUCUCCUCAACCAAUAUCGGGUCCGAGGUGCGUGGUCUCAACUCGAACAGGAAGCUCAAGCUGAAGAAGACAGAGGUGUGGAAGUUCAAGCUGAAGAAGACACAGGCGUGGAAGCUCAAGCUGAAGAAGGGCAAGGACAAGGUGCGUAUCCUCAAGAAGAAGAAGGCCGGGAGCGGGAACGAAGCCGUGCAGGCUCGCCUGCAUGGUGUCCCAGGUGCGUGGUCUCAGUCGAAGAAGGCGGAGGCAGGGACGAGGCCGGCGCAAUAUGGGGUUCCAGGCGCGUGGUCUCAGCCCGAAGAAGGCGGAGGCGGGGACGAGGCCGGAGCUGGGGUCCCAGGUGCGAAAGCGGAGGCGGGGACGAGGCCGGAGCGCUUAUCCUCGACCAACGUGGAGUCCCAGGUACGCGAUCUCGGCCCGAAGAAGGUGAAGGUGGGGUGCUUGAAGCCAGAAGAAGGCGAGCUUCAAGAGGAGGCGACAACAAGCUCGAAGGACUUACUCUCAGAAUACGUUCUCGGCGCGUGGUCUCAACCUGAAGAAGACAGAGGCGGCGACAAGGCCGGAUCGCCUAUCCUCAACUGUCAUGGGUUCCCAGGUUCGUGGUCUGGAGAGAACAGAAGCCGAGACCAGGCCGGAGUGCCUAUCCUCAAGCAAUAUGGGGUCCCAGGUGCGCGGUCUCAACUUGAAGAGGAUGGAGGCGGGAACCAGGCCGGAGCACUUGUCCUCAACCAAUAUCGGGUCCGAGGUGCGUGGUCUCAACUCGAACAGGACGGAGGCGAGGAGAGGCCGGAGUACCUAUGCAAGGACAAGGCUGGGAGGGCCCAUCCUCAACCAACAUGGGGUUCCGAGGUGCGGAAGUUCAAGCUGAAGAAGACACAGGUGUGGAAGUUCAAGCUGAAGAAGACAGAGGCGUGGAAGCUCCAGCUGAAGAAGGGCAAGGACAAGGCGUGGAAGCUCAAGCUGAAGGAGACGGAGGCGUGGAAGCUCAAGCUGAAGAAGGGCAAGAACAAGGCGUGGAAGCUCAAGCUGAAGGAGACGGAGGCAAGGACAAGGCAAGGACAAGGCCGGGAGGACUUAUCCUCAACCAACAUGGGUUUCCGAGGCGUGGAAGCUCAAGCUGAAGAAGGGCAAGAACAAGGCAUGAAGGCUCAAGCUGAAGAAGACAGAGGCAAGGACAAGGCGUGGACGCUCAAGCGGAAGAAGACAGAGGCAAGGAGGAGGCCGGGCGUGGACGCUCAAGCCGAAGAAGACGGGGGCAAGGACCAGGCGUGGAAGCUCAAGCGGAAGAAGACGGAGGCAAGGACGAGGCGAACACUGAAGGAGACGGAGUCGCCGAAGGCGAGCCAUGGAGAGUGCAAGGAAUAUGCCCGAUACUUGGGCAUCGACCCCGGAUACGAGGGAGAAGAGACACACAACGCGAUGUUGUGCCCGAGCCUCGGUGCAUGGUCUCAACCUGAGAAGAACACGGAGGCGGGGAUCAGGUGUGACGUCUCGCAGCCCGAAGAAACUGGAGGCGGGGACGAGGCGGGAACUACGGGGUCCCAAUCCGGAGAAGGCGAAGGCGGGGAAGAGGUGCGUGGUCUCAACCUGAAGAAAGCGGAGGGGACGAGGCCGGAGGGCUUAUCCUCAACCAAUAUGGGGUCCCAACCCGAAGAAGGCGAAGGCGGGGACGAGGCCGGUGUGAAGUCUCAUCCCGGAGAAGGAGGAGGCGGGGACGAGGCCAAAGCGAUUAUCCUCAACAAAUCUGGGGUCCGAGGUGUGAAGUCUCAUCCCGGAGAAGGAGGAGGCGGGGACGAGGCCAAAGCGCUUAUCCUCAACCAAUAUGGGGUCCUAGGUGCGUGUUCAGACAGCCCGAAGAAGGCGGAGGCAGGGUGCGUGGUCUCACAGCCCGAAGAAGGCGGAGGCGGGGACGAGGCGCGGACGAGGCCGGAGAGCUUGUCCUCAACCAAUAUGGGGUUUCAGGGAAAACGAGGUGUGGAAGCUCAAGAUGAAGAAGACAGAGGCAAGGACGAGGUGUGGAAGCACAAGCUGAAGAAGACAGAGGUGCGGAAGCUCAAACUGAAGAAGUGCGUAGUCUCAGGGGCCUGGUUGUGCAAAGAGCUAUGUGUGUCGACACGCGAAGCUGUUGCCCAAGAGAACUUGCCCAAGAGCGACAAGGCUCGCCGAGACCUGCGCAGUGUCCAACAGGACCCCGCCAUGUUGUCAGAGCAGUCUUCAGGGCGAUACAUCGUCAGCGACGACGUGGAGCUGCCAGAGGAUCGCGUCCAGUACAGCGACGUGAACCUACUUCGACAAGCCCUCCUCGACGCCCGUGAGUUCCUUCGCUCAGGCUAUACGGAAAUCCACUUCCGAGUCUGGAGGCGCGACGAACCGAUGAAGCUUCUCUGCGCACGGAGUGCCAAGCAGCAUGAGGGCACGAUGGAACUCUACCUCACCUACGAGGACGGCGGCGAGGAAGAGGGCCUGCUGCAUCCGGCAGGAACCGGUUGCACCGGACCGUUGUUCGCGUUUGCCAGCAGACGCCAAGACGGCAUUCCAGCUCCUCGACGACGGCUGGGACGUGCUCAUACAAUCUUCUUCUUCAAGAACGAUCUGGUGGAGUGGACGGCAAAAAGGUGCAAGGAGGGCCUGGUGCAUCACAUGCGGCCGCGCUCCUCCAUCAUGUCGCAGUCGGGCAUACAGGUGCUCAGUCUCAGCGGGAACAACGUUGGAGGCGGAGACACGGACGAGUCCCGAAGGCUCGCAUGCCGAGAGAUUCGCCUAUCCUCAACCAAUACGGCGUCGCAGGUACUCCGGGAGCAAGGCCAGAGCGCUAUGGGGCUCGGGGUCCGCGGUCCCAGCCCGAAGAAGGCCGCCGGAACGAGGCUGGAACGUUUAUCCUCAACCACUGUGGGAUUCGAGAUCAGCAGCCCAGAAGCCGAAGAAGGCGAAGGCGGGGACGAGGCCGGAGCGCUUAUCCUCAACCAAGAUGGGGUUUCAGGUGCUUGGUCUGAAGCUGAGAAGACGGCGGAGGCCGGAGCGCUUAUCAUCAACCAAGAUGGGGUGUCAGGUGCAUGGUUUGAAGCUGAGAAGACGGCGGAGGCGGGGACGAGGCCGGAGCGCUUAUCAUCAACCAAGAUGGGGUCUCAGGUGCGUGGUCUCAAGCCGAAGACGGCGGAGGCGGGGACGAGGCCGGAGCGCUUAUCAUCAACCAAGAUGGGGUCUCAGGUGCGUGGUCUCAAGCCGAAGAAGGCGAAGGCGGGGACGAGGCCGGAGCGCUUAUCCUCAACCAAGAUGGGGUGUCAGGUGCUUGGUCUGAAGCUGAGAAGACGGCGGAGGUAG